CCGAGAAAGGCGCCGCUGAAGCUAGAAGCAGCUGGGCAAAGAGGAAGAGAACGUCUCUUGUAGCAUCCGCCAGAACGCAGCCAGCUCCCACCUUCCUCCUUCGCCUCUUCCUGCUCUUCCCUUCUGCCCAUCCCGAAGGAUUCCCCCCCCUUCUUCUCCCCUCUCGCCCUCUCUGUCCCUUCCCUGCCUGGCAGACUUCAGAAUCCUGCCGCAAACUUUUGGGGGAGCGGAUCCCCUCCCUCAAACUAGGCAGCGAAGCAGCCGCUCUGCUGUCAGCCCCGCUCCCCUCCCUUCCUGCGGUUUCCCUUCUGCCCACCAGAGAGAAAGACCGAGACCGAGGCGCGGAGAGACGAUGCUUCAAAAGUGUUAACUGGCACCACCGAAACUUCCUUUGGCUUCUUGGACCCAAUUGUGACCAGCCGAUCAUUCCUAGCGCCGGGGGAUCAGUGUUGAAUGAGUGGCGAUGUGUAGCAAAGCGCUCCUAGUCCUGCUGAUCUAUGGGAUAGUCAUGCAUUGCAGCGUCUACUGCUCGCCGGCGGCUGGACUUCAAUACCCCGCGCUAAGGUUGGAAGACGACGUGUACGAUGAAGACGGCAACACCCUCCCAGACUACGGCUUCGACAGCGACCCCCUCGGGAUUGCCGACCCCUCCUCCAUGCUGGACGACAUGUACACCCUCUAUUACCCGCCGGACAAGAGGCACGCGGAUGGGAUCUUUAAUAAAGCCUACAGGAAAGUGCUGGGCCAGUUGUCGGCGAGGAAGUACCUGCAUUCUCUGAUGGCCAAGCGGGUGGGCGGGGCGGGCGGCCUGGAGGACGACUCGGAGCCGCUCUCCAAGAGGCACUCGGACGGCAUCUUCACAGACAGCUACAGCCGCUACCGGAAACAAAUGGCUGUCAAGAAGUACUUGGCGGCAGUUCUGGGGAAAAGGUAUAAACAAAGAGUUAAAAACAAAGGACGCCGAGUAGCCUAUUUGUAGCGAUGAGUUCCCCACCGCUCCUAUAUAUACAAAAGCCCCGAAAAAAAAUAUCCGAGAGAGGACCCCUUGCCCCCACCCCCCAAAAAAGUCAUCUCCAAACUGACUGAUCAAUCACCGCUCCUGUAUUACCUAAACAUGUAUUUAUGUAUGAAGUAAAGCCAUUAAAUGAAUAUUUUGAUAAUAAUAUUGUUUUUCUUUUGUACAAAAAAAAGCAAAUUUAAGAAUAAGCACUAGAGAAACGCACAGAUCUACUUUGUGGACCAAUCCUUGAA